AUCGUCCCAUAUAAACGUGUGGCGUAUGUUGAAAGGCCUCAUUAGUCAGCUGAACGCUCUGCCCAGAUAUUCACAAUGCAGCCGAGCUAUUUGAUCCUCCUCGUGGCGCUCAGCUGCUGCCUUCUGGCUCUGGGUGAUGCUGCUCAUUGUGGCGGUUGCAUGGAUAACAAUGUGGCCUGCUUUAACCGCACCCACUACAGGGUGUGCGUCAACCAUUCGCCCAUUGAGGGCGGCAACCUUCUCGCCUGCGGCCCCGGCAAGAUCUGCACCGAUAAGCAGGAUUUCUGCUGGACACCGCUCCCUAGCGAUGGAGUUUACCCGGUUUGCAGCGAUUACACGACUAACUGCAGACAGUGCGAUUAUGACAAGAUGUUCGUCUGCACCAGUCACACCACCUUCCAGCUGUGCACCGGACCCAAGAUGAGCCCCGAGGUCAAUUACUGUCCAGAGGGCACCGUCUGCUCCAUCGAUUCCGGCGACUUCUGCGUGAAGCCAUGCAAACUUCCGAAUGGCAGACACGAGUGUGAUAAGGAAGCGCCCUAAGCAUAAAGAGCUA